AGUGGGAUUGCGGAAAUCAAAACCAUUCUUUGUGGCUUCACUAUUCCAGACUUUCUUGGACCCUGGGUCUUAAUUGCCAAAUUUUUCAGUCUUUUGUUGGCGGUCUCUUCUGGCCUCUUCAUCGGUUAUGAGGGUCCUAUGGUACACGUUGCAGCCUGCUGGAGCAACCUUGUUGCUAUGUUAAUGCCUAGAUCUGUUGUCGACGAGGUUGAAAGACGGGAGUUGCUUUCUGCUUCUGUGGCCGCUGGCAUUAGCGCAUCUUUUGGAGCACCGAUCGGUGGUGUCCUUUUCUCUUUGGAGGAGGCCAGCUCCUACUUCCCUUUAAAGACACUUUUCCGAUGCUUCUUCUGCGCCUUCUUUGCCGCAUCUAUGGCACAUGCCCUGAUGCCUUUUGAUGCAGACCACCUGGUAAUGUUCGCUGUUGACUACGAGCCUACUUGGCACCUAUUUGAAUUGGUGCCAUUCUCCAUUCUUGGUGUACUCGGUGUGAGUGGUAGUAAGUCGACCAUUGCUCUAAGCGCUUUUAUGAGUUGCUUAGUUGAUUUUUUUUAA